AUGAAGUUUACUAUCAUCGCUGCUCUCGCAGGAGUCCACGCCGCCGACUCUGCAUCUACAACAAUCACCUGCAGCUCCUGUCCCUCGGCCGUAACGACCCCUGAUAUCGUCACACGAUCCGCUCUCCCUACUAUAUCUUGCACUGAGAAGCCUUUGGCAGUUUUAUCAAUGGCCAAGGGAGGCAGUGGAGCUGCUGCACCUACUGGCUCGGGUGCCGCUUCUACCCCUACAGCCCAAGUCCCCGUGUCUGGAGCUAGUAUCAACAAGAAGGGCAGUGUUGGUGGAAUGGCUGCGGCGGCUGUAAUGGUGGCUGCAUAUAUGCUUUAG